AUGGACUUUGAGGACGAACCUUUCGUUUUCGACCGGACCGACAGCUUUCCCCAAGACAGAGCCUACCCUUCGCGCUCGACACGCUCACAGAUACCCAAGCGGCCGACAGGGGAAUCGCUAUUCACUGGCAGGCAUCUACAUCGUGGAGGCACGGGCGAUUUCGAACCUCGACGACGUCUACGAUAUACCGUACCCCUACGCCGCAAGAGCAAUCACACCAGAGAUGAGGAGAAAGGUUAUUUUGAAGAGAAACCAUACGGUCUUGGACACUCUACACCUCUUGGUAUUGAUCGGGAAUUCUCGAGGGGUUCAGCGGCUUUGCCUCCACAGGAAUUCCUGGAGAUCAUUUCUACAAAAUGGGUCCCUGAUGACGAAGGUCGAGAGAUCGUUACAUUGACGGUAAAGGAUGGAGAAGGGAAACCAGACCAAGAUAAAGUCCGUUGCGAAAGCCGGUGGAAGCAUAUCGAAAGCGACGCCAUGACACUGAAACAAUUCUACCACCAAGUGAUGCGAACCCCUGGCCUCGGCGAUGACGAUAUGGCCUUGGUCGGGCGUCUCUUGAACAAGGUCCGGAAUACCUCGGAGAAAAAAUUCGUGCAUGGGCGGUACCUCAAGCCGAUCACCCUGGUGUAUGAGGGUGAAGAUCCUGACGUUUCUGCGUCUCAUCCUCCUGAAGAGAGGCACGUCCGGAAGACUGCGACCUUUGUCAGCCUGCCCGUUUUUACAACUUGUUGCCCCAAACGCCACACGUCAAACAAAGAGUCUGAAAGCCAUCCUGUGCGUGCGCUUUUGCAGUCACGCUACCGGCUUGAGUCGACCAAAAGACGCGACAAGGAACAGGUCAUCACCAAGACAACGUCCAUCAAAGAUCACUUGGUACAAGAAGACCACGUGGUACAUGUUCCUCAUAUAUGGGUACUCAUAAUUAAUAAUUAUACUAUCAUCACCUGCUCGGCUCUAGAUGCUUCUGUCUUGCGUGGUGAUACCAUCAAGCUCAUAUCGUAUACAGCUGCGCAACAAGAUGAAGCAAUGUGGUCAGUGCAUUUCACUGACGCCCGGGGGAAGGAUUUCUACCUGCCUUUACGGUUUUGCAAAACUUGGUUUGACCUUGUAAGACAGAUCACCGACAAUUGUCUACAUGAUGAAUACAGCUUCAUAAGAGAUCAACUACUCAAAGGUGGACCCGUGUACGAACUCGUUGUUGCCAGAGAUGGAAGUCCCGUGAACGCAGAAAAGUGGCCAAAGCUUGUUGAGGAGAAAAAGACCGAGGUCAUUCAUCUAAGGCUUGUGGAUAACGAGACCUUAUCUAGUCGGUUGCUGGUCACUUACUGCGACGACGAAGGAAACGAGGUCAUCAUGAAUUCAGACAAUAGCCCCAACGCUUCGCCAGUCUUCAGCUCGGAUGAUGGACAAGCCAGCGAUGCGAGUGAGUCCUCAGUAUCAAGUGACAUGAAUUUUGACAACGUUGCGCCUGCUAUUGAACGUUUACGUGUACUACAGGCUAAGCUUCGGGAAGCGGAGGGUAAGGGAGAUGCCAAGCAGAUGGGAGACUUAAAAGAGCGGAAGAUACCAGCCCUAGAAGAAAAACUGCUGGAGCUGACCGCUGCCGGCUUGAAUCUGGAUGUACCCACAGCGCAAGAUGCACGAAGAAGAUCCAGAAUCGUCAUUCCCGGCCCAUACGAUCAGUGGCCUCGAUCCAGUCGUGGACUCGAUCAUGAUUCUCCGUUGAGCCCAACGGAAAGGUAUCGGGCGAGGCUAAGAUCGAGAUCGCGGUCUACAUCUAGGUCGCGAGUGAUCAAGAGAGAUGUCGCAUUCUCAAGCUCCGCCUAUGAUUUGUCCAUCGGAGAGCCAUCCGCUCGAGGCCGCGCAAGUCAGCCAUGGAUCCUUCAUGAUAGAAAUAACAGUGGUUCCCGAAGCCGAUACUUCACAAACGUCGAAUAUGUCAAAGCUCCUCGUGUCCGAUCUCGUACACGUUCCCACAUGCCAAAUGCUCAUUCUCUCUCUCGGGUCUCGACUUUGCCUACCCCUUCUCGCUCUGGCUGGGAUUUGCUAAGAUCACGCGUACGUGACGGGCAAGUACCCGGUCUUCGCAGCAGUCCAAUGUCUCCUAUGACUCCUAUCUCUCCCAUGACGGACAGCAAUGAUAUUUACUAUCGCCCAUCAGAAAAACAAUUGGCGCGAUCUUACUGGGAUCUGGUCAGGUCCUCGGUGCUUGAAGGUGGCAUCUACAAACUCCGCAAUGCGGAUGACGCGAAGAGAGAUGAUGAAGGUAGUAAUCAAGCUAAAUCCAGCGCCGCAAUCCUGGUUGAAAAGCAAAAGAGCAGUUCGGAUAGUUCGACUAGAAUAUCCGAUGUUCUUGGCGGCUCGCGCAAUGGCUCUUCCAUUGCAUCACCUACCACGCUGGGUCUAUAUCCUAGCUUCGGACCGCCCGAGGGCCCGCGCAGUCCUACCAACGACGUCUCUAGUGUUAGCCAGGGUGAUAAUGACCCAACGAAGCCGAAAAAGGUCUUGUUUUCGAAGCAUAGCCUGGAGAGCAAACCAAAAUUGAAGAGAUUGAUCAAACUUGCACAGAAGGAAUCUGCGGUAUUACCCAAGAUUGCGACAUCGCAGGCUGCGCUUGAAGUCUCUUCCCCUGUUUUAGCUGACCCAAUGAUCGACCUGCCAAUCUUCUUAUGGUCAGCUGAGCACAAACAACCUGAAAGUCGUGACCUGGCCGGAAAACUUUCCAAACUGCCAAACGUAUCUGAGACGCCUACUUCCAAGCCUUUCCUCCAGAAGCCAGUCGAUGCAAUAAAGCAAGUAAUCAAUACGUCAAAAACAGAAGAGUUGAUCUUGCAUACAGUAAUGACCGAGGUCCACGUCACCCUCAAGAAGCCCAAAAAGGGCAAACCUGAAUAUGCCAUACUGUAUGAGAAGACCGCGGAGAAGACGUAUGCCAAUGUAGCAUCUACGAUGAAUACUAUUAGAAAUGCUAGAACUGGCGUGAACAACUUGGCUGUUGGCGAGGAGCGCAACGUCACUAAGUCAGUCAGCCAGUCGAGAAGACCCUCAUUAGCCUUCGCUGGUGUAUCACUGCGUCAAAGGAAUUCGACACGUUCGGUCGUAGGCAUGUCGGGUCUGGAUGACUUAGGGUCAGUCAAGUUAGGGAUCUUCGAUCUAGCCAGCAAAAUUCUGCUCUCGUUUGUGCCCAAAGGCUACGAUGCUCCUGUGAUCUCUAAGUACUGGGGAGCUUUGCACAAGUUGUUGAAUGAGAAGGUACCAUCUUCUACUUUCUUCAUACAACCGUGCACUAAUCAAAGACAGGAUGAAACUGUUUUACGUUAUGUCCGCUCGCGCCUCUCCGAAAUCUGCAACUUGAUCCAAACUAUACAGAUGGGUGUUCGUGCUGAGGAUGGAAGCAAGCAGCAACGGUACCAAAUUCCUCGAGCCCUUCCAGCAGCGUUCCAGCACCUCGUCUUACUGCUCGUUGUCAUCAGUAGCAUCUCAAAUUGGAGUGAGUAUUCAUGGAGUCAGAUGCAAUCCACGUUCGACGAUUGUGAAGGUCUUCUCGUGGAAGGCAGGAAGCAGCUGCUUUUGAUGAUACAUACAGAUGAUUAUCGUGACUCGUCAGGCUUUCAAGCUGUGGACUCUGAGGCAUUAGUGUCUCUAAUAUUGGCGAACCUGAUCUCUACCAUGUCCACGGAGGGCGACUUCCAUCUGACCGAGGUAUAUGCCGAGUAUACGACCAAGAUACAGGGCGUUGUUAGAGACUCCGCUAGUGUAAAGGUCUACGACGACAUAAAACUCCUCCGCGAAGAACUUGAUAUAAUCAAAAACACCCUUAGACAGCAAUAUGACACUCUCCGUGAAUUCAAGUCCACAAUCACCAUCACUUACGGCGUUGGCUCCCUCUCCGUCUCCAUCCUCGACCGCAUCCUAGGAUCCAUAUCCCAACGCAUCGAAGAUUUCGACGAACUCCAAAUUCAAGCGGAAACCGCUCGUUUCCUUGCCGCACAAUCCAUCUCCUUAAAGGCCGAAUCCAACAACAAGGCUAUCAUCGUCUUUACAGUCGUCACUAUCAUCUUUUUACCGUUAAGUUUUGUGACUAGCUAUCUAGGUAUGAAUACGAGUGAUUUGCGCAAUAUGAAGAGCGGGCAGACGCUUUUUUGGGCCAUUGGGGCACCGGUCGCUUUUGUGGUGCUGAGUGCGGCGUUGGUGGCGGCAUUUUAUGGGACAUUGACCCAGAGGUUUUUGGGGAGGGCUUGGAGAGGGAAGGAGAAGGGCGAAUAA